GUGUCCUGCUCCGAGAUAGCCAUGGUGUCGCCCAGGUGCGCUUUGUCACAGGCAACAAGGUUCUGCGUGUGCUGAAGGCCAAGGGUCUGGCUCCUGAUAUCCCUGAGGAUCUGUAUCACCUUAUCAAGAAGGCUGUUGCCAUCAGGAAGCAUCUUGAGAGGACAAGGAAGGACCGUGACGCCAAGUUCAGGCUUAUUCUUGUAGAGUCCCGUAUUCACCGUCUUGGCCGUUACUACAAGUCCCGUGCAGUCUUGGCCCCCAACUGGAAAUAUGAGUCAUCUACUGCCUCCGCUCUUGUUGCGUAAAUAAAGUUUAGACAAGUGUU